AGUACGGAGAGCCGGCAGGGCUAAUCCGCUCCGCAGCGCGCGCUUCUCUCUAAUUGACUAAAGCGUGCUCCAUGCUUCCUCCGCAUCCUGAGUGGGCAAAGUCGGUGGGCGGAGCCUUGGUCCUAGAGGCUGAGCAAAGUCCGAGCCGGCGCAUUUCGCGGACCUGAGGCAGGCGCAAUGUGGCUUACGCUGGGGCUGCUGCUGGCCGUGCUGCUGUUGGCGGUCCUCGGAAAAGUUUGCCUGGGGCUAUUCGGAGGCAGCUCCCCGAAUCCCUUCUCUGAGGAUGUCAAGCGGCCACCAGCGCCCCUGGUGACGGACAAGGAGGCCAGGAAGAAGAUUCUCAAACGAGCUUUCUCAGUCAGCCAAGUGCCAGAGAAGCUGGAUGUGGUGGUGAUUGGCAGUGGCAUUGGGGGCCUGGCUGCAGCUGCAAUUUUGGCUAAAGCUGGCAAGCGAGUCCUGGUGUUGGAACAACAUACCAAGGCAGGGGGCUGUUGUCAUACCUUUGGAAAAAAUGGCCUUGAAUUUGACACAGGAAUCCAUUAUAUUGGGCGCAUGCAAGAGGGCAGCAUUGGCCGUUUCAUCUUGGACCAGAUCACUGAAGGGCAGCUGGACUGGGCUACCCUGUCCUCUCCUUUUGACAUCAUGGUACUAGAAGGGUCUGAUGGCCGAAAGGAGUUCCCCAUGUACAGUGGAGAGAAGGCUUACAUUCAGGGCCUCAAGGAGAAGUUUCCACAGGAAAAAGCUGCCAUUGACAAGUAUAUGAAGCUGGUUAAGGUGGUAUCUGAGGGAACCUCCCAUGCCAUCCUGCUUAAGUUCCUCCCAUUGCCUGUGGCUCGGCUCCUUGUCAGGUGUAGGCUGCUGACUCGGUUCUCUCCAUUCCUUCGUGCAUCUACCCAGAGCCUGGCUGAGGUCCUGCAGCAGCUGGGAGCCUCCCCUGAGCUCCAGGCAGUGCUCAGCUACAUCUUCCCCACUUACGGUGUGACCCCCAGCCACACCACCUUUUCCAUGCACGCUGUGCUGGUUCACCACUACUUAAAAGGGGCCUUUUAUCCUCGAGGGGGUUCCAGUGAAAUUGCCUUCCACACCAUCCCUGUGAUUCAGCAGGCUGGGGGUGCUGUCCUGAUGAAGGCCACUGUGCAGAGCGUGUUACUGGACUCAACUGGAAAAGCCUGUGGUGUCAGUGUGAAGAAGGGCCAUGAGCUGGUAAAUAUCUACUGCCCUAUCGUGGUCUCAAAUGCAGGACUGUUCAACACCUAUGAGCACUUAUUGCCGGAGAAAGCCCGCUGUCUGCCAGGUGUGCAGCAGCAGCUGAAGAUGGUACGGCCUGGUUUGGGCAUGUUCUCUGUUUUCAUCUGUCUACAAGGCACCAAGGAGGACCUAGGUCUGUCGUCUACCAACUACUACGUUUACUAUGACACGGAUUUGGACAAAGCGAUGGAGCACUAUGUCUCUACACCCAGGGAAAAGGCUACAGAACACAUCCCCCUUCUCUUCAUUGCUUCCCCAUCCGCCAAGGACCCGACUUGGGAGGACCGAUUCCCAGACCGGUCCACGAUGAUCGUGUUGGUGCCCAGCGCCUAUGAAUGGUUUGAAGAGUGGCAAGCAGAGCCGCAGGGAAAGCGGGGCAGUGACUACGAGACCCUCAAAGACUCCUUUGUGGAAGCCUCUAUGUUGGUGGUCAUGAAACUGUUCCCGCAACUGGAGGGGAAGGUGGAGAAUGUGACUGGAGGAUCCCCACUGACCAACCAGUUCUAUCUGGCAGCUCCCCGAGGGGCCUGCUACGGGGCUGACCAUGACCUUCGCCGUUUGCAUCCUUGUGCGAUAGCCUCCAUGAGGGCCCAAAGCCCCAUCCCCAACCUCUACCUGACAGGCCAGGAUAUCUUCACCUGUGGACUGAUGGGGGCCCUGCAAGGGGCCUUGCUGUGCAGUAGUGCUAUCCUGAAGCGGAACUUGUACUCAGACCUUAAGGAUCUUGCCUUAACGAUCCAGGCACAGAAGAAGAAUCAUUAGUUCAGUCUGGGAUGAGUGAGAGGAAUUUGGCCAGUGGCUAGGGCAGCUCCUCUGACUUACCCAUAAUGUGUUUCUACAGUAGUUCCAAGUACACAUAAAGCACUCUAAUUUAAAGUUCUGAUUUCUGAAUAGAUGCCUAGCAUAAAUCUUAGCUCUGAAACAGAAGUUCAUCUGGCUGGGGCACAUGAUGAUCUUUCCACCUUCUAUGGCAUGAUAUCACUACUGAAAGGCUUGGUCUGGGCUGCUAAUUUGCCUAGCCUAGACGUCCCAGUGCAGUGCUCUGCGCCCUUCACCCGUACCUCUUGUCUCUCCACAAUGAAACUGAAUAUUCCACCAUUGGGGGGAUGGAACCCCUUACAUUGCUGGUCAUCUCAAGCAGGUGGGUCCAGGUCUGCCCUGACGCUUCUCUUGUCAUUCACUCAGAGCUGCACUGCAGAAGUCUACGCUACUGAGGGAAGAGGGUGAGCAAGGAGGUUUUAGUCAAAACCUGGGGCAUGGGUAUAGUUAUGGUUCUACAGGUUCAAGGGGUUCCAGUGGCUCUUCAGAAGACAGGAAAUACCUGUGACAGGUUCAGUGUGAUUCUGGAGAUUGGGGUGACUCUAAGACCUAUUAGUUAAUAAGGUAUGUGUUAAAAGAGCGUAUUCAUAGUAAAGCGUAGGUCUGUCUCCCUUGCAAUCAGGUUCUCCAUGUGCCAACACCAGGGCACCCUCAAAGAGCUCAGUACCUUGAGCCCAGCUUCAAGCCUUAUCCUCUGAGAGGAUAUUGGGAUCAGUGAUAUUAGAGCACAGACCAGCAAGAAGAUGACUUCACUGGUUUAAAGCAGGCUAAAGAGGUAUUCCAGGUAUGGGCAUAGCCAAGGAUAGCACCAGGAGGCAGUAAGAAUAUACCCUAAACAAUGGUUUUGCACUGAGUACAAAAUGAGCUGCUGGGGGCAGGGGAGCAGGGUCCAGAGGUGGAAACUCAGUUUGGGGCCGAACAUGGAAAGCUAUACAAUGUGUACAAAGCCCAGAAUGGCAUAUGCAGUUUACUGCCACAUCUGUGAAGAUUGGAUGUGAUAGUGAAUGAAGGCUCAAAUUCAUGGAAAUCACCGUUGACUUGUGUUAAACACCAAGGUCUUAUUUUAGUCCAUGUUCAUAUUAAUAAAUUUAAUGAUUUCAUUGUCUUAA